AUGGUCGCAUCCCUAGACGUGUUCAGCAUCGUGCUCAUACCACUUACCAUCCUAUCGUACCUCCCGCAAUGGGAUAAGCUCCUCACCUCACGGACAACCACCGAGAUCUCCCUCCCAGCGACUCUCCUCCUGGCUUUAUCCGCCCAAGCACAAAUCGUGACCAUGUACUAUCUGUUCCUAUGUCCACCCUCAAAGCAAUACGGAUCCAUCAUCUCGAACCCACCCACGCUUCGCGACUGGGUCAAUCUCGCACAAGUGCUGGUGCAGUGGGGUUGCUCGUUGGUGCAGUUCAUCCUCGUCCUGACGUUCGCAUCACGAUCAGAUAGUACUAACAAUCGCCACCCCGACUCCGCAACGCCAUCUCCCACUGCUACAAAAAGCUCAGCUAGAAUCUCCCUCGCUCUCAUCCUCCUCCACGCCGGCUUUUCGAUCGCUUGGGCAUACAUCAUGCCCAUCCCCACAACCGACUGGCUCGACCUCGCCUUCGUGUUCACCCUCGUCCUCAACAACAUCUGCAUCAACCCCCUCAUCACCGCCGCCACAGCGACGUCCUUCAUCCUCCAGAUCCGCAAGACCAAGAAACCCUCCCCUGGAAAUCCCACUUCCCUGAAUUCCACUUCCCUUACGCUGCAGGCGCUCACGUUCUUGGCUUUGGCGGUGUCGUGGCCGGCGAGGUUUACGAUGCCGAGGGAUUUGUGGUAUGAGGAUGGGUUGUGGGUGGUUAAGGAGUGGUAUCCGCAUGUUGGGUGGGUGGCGGUUAAUAAUGGGAUUGUUGCUGUGGGGGAGUAUCUUGUGUUGCAUGCGGUGGAGGGCGCUGGGGGUGGUGGGAGUCGGGAGAGUCAGGCUCUGCUGGGCUGA